UUUUUAUUCUCUUUUAGUGUAAAAUACAAUCUAAGAUGACGUAUCUGUCGAUUUUGUGGAUAUUAUGUGUCCUUUGCAUCAAGGCUGUGGAUACAUUUCGUCAAUGUAAUGCAUCAACACACUCAGUUAAAAAUGUAUUACACUGUCCAAAAAAUGAAACUGAAUGGACAAAAGCAAAAGCACUAAAAGCCUGCGAAGCUAUUCAACAAAAUUGCUCAGAAUCUGAAAGUCUGGAAUAUCAUUGUGUACCCACCGAAGAUGAGGGUGACUUUGUGGAAGUGUGUGCCAUCCCAAUCAUAGUUCAUGGUGGCUUCUGUACGGAAUGGAAUACUGGCGGAGAAACGCUACAACCUUCAGGAAGUAGGAACUGUACUGUCUCUCCAAUCCCAUGUCCAGAUUCUUACUAUUCAAAUGAAACCUUUAAAUAUCAACAAUGCUACCAAACAAAUACGAAGGACCCUUCUACGACUCCCAGUGUGAAUUCCACCUCUCGUCUACGGACAAUAGCGAUUCUUCCUGCAGUGAUGGGCCUUACGCUGCUAUUUUUAGUAUUUCAAUUACAGUUGCUAUAACGUGUUUGUUUUCAAAG